AUGUUCCUGACUGGUGGCUACAAUGACUACAAAGCUUCCAUCAUCAAAAUGGGCACGAAGAACCCGCUUUCAGCUCACGCAACAGAUAUGGGCCUGUCUGUAGAUCUCUCUAUUUACGAAGAGGUGACGCUUCAUCUCCAAGUAGAUCCAGAAAAAUGGGCUAGGCGUGCAAACGUGAAAGAGGCAUGGCACAAGCUGCGGGACAAGUACGAUCUGGAUCACGACGCAUGGGACUAUGCAACGGGACUUCCUUACUUUCGCCUUCGGCAGAAACUGGGGCUGCGUGGGCAAUAUGACCAAGGCCCGAAAGUUUGGCUAGACAGGGUACACAGACACUUGAGAGGAACUGGAAGCGGCCUUUGGGAUCCUGGAAAAGGAAAAGAUUCUACCACCAGUGGAACAGUUGAAAAGUGA